AAAUCGCAUAGCAUUCGAGCAGUCAACACACGAUCGUUCGAAAAAAGAAAAAGAAUCUUAUAGAUACUUUUUUUAUUUUAUUUUGAAAAAAAAAAAAAUCACAGUGUCGUAGUAAAAAUUCCAAAACCAUGUCAUUUAUUUCCCGUGAAUACAAAUUCGAAACUAGCACAAUGUUCAACGAGAGAAAACGAUUCUCAGCGAUUCGCAACUUAAGGAAGGUCCUGAAACCCCUUUUCCGAGUGAUCAAAAAGAAGCAGUAUUUGAAAAAAAGUGUGGGUGAAAUUCAACAAAAUGAUUGUAAUACAUCUUUGGAAGAUAUGCGAAAAGAUCCAUCAGCUUUGGUGGCUAACGAUGAUAAUGCAGCCAACGAAGCAUUGGAACAACGAAUUUUGGCUGAAGUUCAAAAUUGUGGAGAUAAUGCAGCUAUUCUAGUGCACCAAGGAGGUCGUCGUCAUGUUGUUCCGGUACAUCGGGAACAGAAAUUUAUUCCUGUACAUUUUGCCCGCACUAAUAAUGGGACAUUUUUUUGGACUUCAGUGGAACGUGAACAACAGCAGAGUUUUCAACAGGAACAUCAUCAUCAAUCACAUCUUGAUCGUUGGGUACAAGCUUAAGGCUAAAAGUGUGAUCUUCAAAUUGUUCUUUUGUGACAACUCGAUGGGUUCCCAGCUUUAAGAAGGUGUAAAAAUACAACAACAACAAGUUUAGUGUGUGUUUGUUCGCAUAUCCUAUGGAUAUGGUGAAUUAAUCCAGGACUUCCAAUUUCUAAGUGAUAUUAGGUUUAGCUUAAAAAAAUUUAAUUC